GCGGCGGCAGAGGGCGGUGCUCUGUUGGGGCAACGAGCUGUAUCCAGCACUUAGCUCACUUAGCACCGGCGCUGUUGAUCAUGUACCUGAGGCGCUGCUUCUCGCGUCUCCUUCGGGCGCAAGUGCAUUCUGUCCUGAAGAAAUCCGUUCAUUCUGUGGCUGUGAUAGGAGCCCCGUUCUCACAGGGACAGAAAAGAAAAGGAGUGGAAUAUGGUCCAGCUGCCAUACGAGAAGCUGGCUUGAUGAAAAGGCUCUCCAGUUUGGGCUGCCACCUAAAAGAUUUUGGAGAUUUGAGUUUUACUCCAGUCCCCAAAGAUGAUCUCUAUAACAAUAAAAUAGUGAACCCUCGCUCAGUGGGCCUUGCCAACCAGGAACUGGCCAAGGUGGUUAGUAGAGCUGUGUCGGGUGGCUACAGCUGCGUCACUGUGGGAGGAGACCACAGUCUGGCCAUAGGUACCAUUAGUGGCCACACCCGCCACUGCCCAGACCUUUGUGUCAUCUGGAUUGAUGCCCAUGCUGACAUUAAUACACCCCUCACCACCUCAUCUGGAAAUCUCCAUGGACAGCCAGUUUCAUUCCUCCUCAGGGAACUACAGGACAAGGUUCCACAACUCCCAGGAUUUUCCUGGCUCAAACCCUGCAUCUCUUCCCCAGAUAUCGUGUAUAUUGGUCUAAGAGACGUGGACCCUCCUGAACAUUUUAUUUUAAAGAACUAUGAUAUCCAGUAUUUUUCCAUGAGGGACAUUGAUCGACUUGGUAUCCAGAAGGUCAUGGAACAGACAUUUGAUCUGCUGAUUGGCAAAAAACAAAGGCCAAUCCAUCUGAGUUUUGACAUUGAUGCAUUUGAUCCUAUGCUAGCUCCAGCCACAGGCACCCCUGUUGUAGGGGGACUGACCUAUCGAGAAGGCAUGUAUAUUACUGAGGAAAUAAACAAUACAGGGUUGCUGUCAGCACUGGAUCUUGUUGAAGUCAAUCCUCAGUUGGCUACUUCAGAGGAAGAAGCAAAGGCUACAGCUAGUCUGGCAGUGGAUGUGAUUGCUUCAAGUUUUGGUCAGACAAGGGAGGGAGGACACAUUGUCUAUGACCAACUUCCUUCUCCCAGUUCACCAGAUGAAUCAGAAAGCGAAGAACGUGUGAGAAUUUAGGAAAUACUGUGCACUGACAGUUGUUUCAAGAUGGGCAUUCCAGAGCUGCAAGGCAUUUGAGGGGACAGAUACUAAAUGGUUAGGUGGAUCCAUAAUGCCUUAAUGAGAACAUUUACAUUCUCCUAAUUCUGGUGUCCCCCUUUCCAUUUGGGUGACCAAUAAUACUAUCAUACAUGUAUUUAGAUUUUUGCAGUUCUCAGGGGGUUAAUAUUGGAGUACUAUGUAACUUUAAAGAUGUCAUAAAGAGCAUUUAUUACCUUGGUAUAUCACACUGGUCUUGCUGUUCCUUCACAUUUAAAAGGCUUUUUGUCUUCCCCCCAUCCUCCCAUCAUCUCACUAUAUAGUGCAUCCUUGAACUAUCAGCUCAUAGCAGCGACAUGUUUAUUCUACGUUCCUAACGCCAUUCAUUCACAGGAUCAAAGUUCUGGUCCACAAACCAUUCCUGAGAAAGUUCAACUCUUGUGAAAAAAUUUGUAAUAAAUCAGGCCUCCCAGGAUGGCGAUCUCUAGUAAGAUGACGAUGGAAAGCAGUAGUUUAUUGGUCACCACCCUACAAAGAAAAGCAAAAUAGGGAAGUAGUCAGAAGUGUGAAUAAUUUUACUUCCUUCGAUUCUUAAUUCUAUGGGGUUUGAACUGGGGCCAAGCCUGGUUUACUGUGAAGCAGGUAAGAGUUUUUGUUGAAUACACAGCCACUUACUAAGUACUUACAAGGUUCUUUAGCUGGUAAGUGACAAUUUGUAAGCUUCUUUAGCUGUAACUAGGGAAAACACUGUCUGCCUCACAGAAAUGCUGAAAACUAGAAAAUACCCAAGCACAAAAAUUUUUUUGAUUCUAAAAUGCCUUUAAGUGGUAAUUACUCCUUUAAUAAUAGCUUCUCUAGAAGGAGGGGUUAGAGAGAAAAAAAUAUUAAAUAUACAUAUGAAAAAGUAUGCCAUUUGUGCAAUCAGGGUCCUGAUAGAAGAAAUAUUAUCUUACCGUAUAGAUCCAUGUCAGUUAUAUACCACAGCCAUGACUGUAAGUUGGGAUAAGGGUUUUCAGCAGACUCUCCAGUGUUAAAAAUCCAACUUUAGGAUAAGUAGCUAGAUGCCUCAUAGUACCUUUCAACCUCUUAUAAGCUUCUUAUCCUUCUAACUCUCUUCCCUCAUUUUCCCUCUGUUCUCUCAUCAACCUAAAUGGCUAUCUCUAUUAUAAAGAUAGUAUAGGGAGCUUUAAAAAAUUUUACUUUCUUUUGUUAACACAAAGAAUCCCAUCUCCAGUUCCCAUGUUUGCUCUAACUUGAAGGUUCCUUCCUAUUCCACAAGGAAUUUACCACCAUUUAGGAAAAUUCCACUUCUCCUGCUAGUUCCAUGACUAAGUUGUAGUUUCAUUUCAUGAGUGGCCACCUGUGCCCCACAGUAAUGCACCUACCCACUUCUCCCCAACUUUCACCUCAGUGGCAAUACCUCCUUUCUGCUCCUGGUUUUGCUGCUGUCAGCACUCAAGGAGUUUUUUUUGUUUGUUUGUUUGUUUUUGUUUUUUUUUAAGUCAACUUCUUGCUAACAAGACAGAACUCCCAUGUAACAGACUGAUGCCAUGAGGGUCAAGCAGAGCCAAAAGCAAGUACCAAGCAGUAGCAGUGAAAACGGUUUUCUAAUCAAGUUUUUACAAAUAUAUUUCAAGGAAUAUGAAGCUCUGUUAUUCCUAUGUGCUGUCUUCUCUAAGCAAUGUAAGCUAGAAUUAAAAAUGAACAAAUUUUCCAUGAGGACCUAUUCAGAAUUAAGGUGAAAUUCACUAGCAUACUUUUAACAGAGGAUUUUGUCUUGGGAUAUUUAACUGUACACAAUCAUAUUCCCUUAUUUCUUCUGAUCUACUGGGUGGUACUGCAUAUAAGGGAGAGGCAACAAAUGCUUUGGUGCUUUCUUAGGACCUUUGUAAGUCACUGUUAUAAGGUUUGACAUUCUUUGUUGAAAGACAUUAAGAGUUAAGGGAAAUUAAUUUUAUGACUAUUUUUAAAACUUACUUUCUGGACAUUGAACGGAGAAUCUUUCGACUUUUGCUCAAAUUUUCACUUGUGUUUACCAGCUGAGAAGAGAAAAUAGCAAUUACUUCCCCUUCUUUCAGAAGUACACACUGUAGAAUUUGAACAUUCCUUAACUGGAAAUGACCAUAAUGGGUGUAUGUUGAAAAGCUCCCAAAAAAAUCAAACUAAUUUAAAUGAUGGCCUCUGAAUAUAAGUAGAAGAAGCUGAAAAAAGACAAGAUGCAUUAAUACUCAUCAAGUAAGCCCAGAAAUCAUUAUAUCUAUCUCUAAGUUACUGUGGGGGAUUUCCUGGGACCAAGCUAAUCCUUAUCUUGGCUACUCAAAACAGGAGGGCUUCAAGUGUACCCAGCCUCUGACUGUGAAGCAACUAACAGUUUAGGAUUCCGAAUUUCAUUAGCCAAACUCCAGGAAGGCCUCUUACCAUCAGUGUUUGUUUUUGUGUGCUAACAGGUUACUGCUUAGGGUUUCUGAUUUGUUUUUUCCUACACCCCUUUAAGAGACAUUUAUAUUGAAUUGUGAAGGGAAUUAACCUCCAUGGACCCUUCCCUUUCAGUUGAACAGUUACUAAUCUAGAUAGCUGGAGGAUGUCUCAAAGGAUGUCACCUGCCAUCUGUUUCCAUUCCCCAGUGGUCUUGGUAAGCGGAUCUUUCAGCUCAUUCCUUAGUUUUUAAAUUCAUCUGAUCCACAUGUUCAAAAAUAAAAAGUUUAAAAAUCUGCACAUUCUGUAAGCAAGUUGCAUUCUCUGUAACUUGCCUUGAAUUCAGUACUUUACUGUGAAUUUUCAAUGAGGAGGGAAGGGCAUUACCCUGAUUUAUUUUAUGUAUGGAGAACUGCAGCUAUUAAGAUAUAUGAAAAAAUUCCACGUCUCCACCCUGAGCUAAUAUUUUCCCAUCCAAGUCUUGGCCAUACUAUCUGCUUUUCAGUUUGGAUUUGCCUCAUGCUAUUAGCUUUUCAUUGGAAAGUUGUGCUAUUUUUUAAAUUCCUAUAAAUUAAUUCCUUUAUGGAAAGGAAGAAAUGAGUUCUGUUUUACAGAGCCUUUUAGAGUGACAGUAAAGUAGCCCCUGAUAUUCUCAUCAUUUGGCCAUUUUCUUCCCACAAUGAUCCAGCUUUUUAGGUAACAGUAAAGAGUUAAAGUCCAGAAUUGAACCUCUAUAGUUUGUCAACGGUACCAUUUUAUGAUCUGUGGAAAAGAUCCUUGGUUCUAAAUGCCAAGAAAGCUAGGGUCUUAUAAGUGGAUAAUGCUUUUAUAAGAAUUAACCAAAUACUCCAUUAGAUCUAUGAGAAAUUAAAAAAAACAAAACAAAACCUCAGAUUGGUGACUCUAUCUAAGUAUCUUUCGACAGAUUAUUCUCUUGCUGAAGAGAGAUAAUACAGGAAUUAAUAAAAGAAUGGAGUGACUGCAAACUAUAUAUAAUACUUUUGACAAUCUUCAAUAAGUCUAGAAAUCAGGUUCCUUCACAGUCUUUUCUUCCUUCAUUAAAACAAAAGUUCCCAAGACCAGUAAAUCUUGGGUAUAAAAUUGUCUCCAAGUAAGAUCUCCUCUAAGCCAAGCAAGCUAAAAUUGAGAAAAGUAUAAGAACCUAAAAGGUCAUCCCCUGAAUUCAUGACUGCUGUAGCUUCUGGCCUUAGUAAGGCAUUGGGGUGUAAGAGGGUCCACAUACUUUUCUUACUCUUGCCCCUCUCCUCAUCUGCCCAGACUCACUCUAGUCUUGGUACGUUCCAACUGCUCUCGUUGCUCCCCCAGCUCCUCUAUGAUUUCUGAGCCAAUCUGGUCAGUCUCUGUGGCAAUCCGAUGAGAACGCUCAAUACUCUGGGUGGCCCGGUUCAGGCUGUCAGUGCCUUGCAGAAGCAAUGCCCUUUGAGACUGUUGCCGAUUCUGACAGGGAUAGGUAAAGAAAAUGUUAAGACUUCUUCGAUUUAUAAAUUCAUUGCCAGCGCACUCCUUAUUACCUUGUAUAAGAGGAAAUACAGUAAGCCGUAAUUUUUAUUACUUGCUAAUGAAAUAUAAGAUCCUGUUUAAGAUCACAGACAAAAGCAGAACCUGGAAUCUAUUCAACAAGAUCACAACACCUCUCACUCCAUUUACAUAUAAGUGAGGCAAGAGAAGGACAAUUAAAAACAUUAUGGAGUGUUCCCCCCGUGGGUUGGUGAUAAAUUUGAACUGGUCUAUAUGGCUCCUGGACUAACAAUUUCGGAGAGGCAAUGACCCAGAUUUGGGGUGCAGGAACUACCAGAAAAUUCAGGAUUGUUAGCCUAUAACUUUGGUGGUACUACAAGCAACCAACUCUGCAGUCCUAGACCUAGAAAUAGGUUAAUUCACUGAAGAUUGCCACCUCACUAGUGCUGAGAAACGAGAUACCAUGAAUAUGCUAUUCUUUCUCAGCAGAUAAGUCACUUAGAGGUCUGAAACACUACUAUACUGUGGGAAAAACUUGCAUGGCUAUACUCUGGUAAGCCAAAGACAAAUUUCGCCUGACACCAAACAAAAAUUUUGAAGUUGCCACACUAGUGACUUGCUCUCAAGGAAAGUAAUUUCUGGGGCCUGAGUAAGACUUUCCCAAGUGCCCUAAUUUUCUAAAUCUCCACCUAUAAUCCUAAGCACAAAUAGCAUGAAGACAAAGUGGCCUUUCCCGGAACAGAAUCAGUAACCAUCAAUAGAAAUUGGGUGCAGUUCUAAUUGAGCUGUUUAAAGAACCAAUUUUUAAAAAAAGGUCAAAAAGGGCCUCACACAGAGGCCUAUUACUGAACAGGGAAGUACCAGCACUAAGGCAUCACCCUCAAGAAACCAAGAGAUGAGUCCCCAGAUAAGAAGUAACCAGAAACCUUUUUACUUUGUAGACUGCAUAUAGGCCAGUAGAUCAAUGAACCACUAAAAAGGGUUCAGAUAAACCCAUUAAUUUAGCUUAAAGGAAGAAAAAAAAAAAA